AUGUCGUGGGCAGGCUUCAAGAAGAAUGUCAACCGCGCGACGACGCAGGUUAUGAUGAAGACUGGUGAGUCUUUGAAAAGCUACCCCGCAAUCAGGCUUGCGGGACGACUGGGCUGGCUCCUCUACGCGAGAGGAAUGGGCUGGACUGGGAGGACUUGGAGCAGCCUGCUGAUUAUUUGGGACUUGAUAGGGCAUGUUGAGCGGACAAAUGACCGGGACUAUGAGAUUGAGGAGCGUCGAUACCGGACAAUGGAGGCUGCCGCGAACCGGCUUCAGAAGGAGGCCAAGGGAUAUCUGGAUUCAUUGCGAGCCAUGACCGCAUCCCAAAUGCGCAUUGCAGAGACCAUUGACGCUUUCUACGGCGAUGCCGGUACUCACGAUGGCGUCAGUCGAAGCUACAAGCAGGCCGUGGAGGACCUUGAUGCGGAGACCAUCAAAGCUCUAGACGGACCAUACCGAACCACCGUCCUGGAGCCUAUCUCCCGCUUCUGCGCAUACUUCCCAGACGUCAACGAAUGCAUCAAAAAGCGCAACCACAAGCUCCUCGACUACGACGCCAUGCGCGCCAAGGUCAAGAAGCUCGUCGAAAAGCCCGACAAGGACGCCACAAAGCUGCCCCGCACCGAGCGCGAGGCCGAAAUGGCCAAGCAGGCCUACGAACAGCUUAACGAGCAGCUCUUCACGGAGCUGCCCCAGCUCAUCGACCUGCGCGUGCCCUACCUGGAUCCUAGCUUCGAGGCCCUAGUCAAGAUCCAGCUGCGCUUCUGCGCGGAGGCGUACUCGCGUAUGGCGCAGGUGCAGCAGUACCUGGAUGCGGAAACGAGAGACCAGUAUGCGCGUGGUGAUUUGGAUAGUCGGGUAGAGGAGGUGUUGCAGGAGAUUCGGGAUUUGAGUAUCGCAGGGACUGUUUGA